AUGAGUGUCAGUCUGGUCUCGGCUCUCUUGUGCUGCUCGGCGGCGACGGUCCUCCUGCUGAGAUGGCGGCGGCGGAGGAAAGUCCAGAGGAAGGUGGAAGAGGCGAAAGAAAGGCGAGAGCGCGCGCUGGAGCGAAUGCAAAAGGCUGCCCGAAAGUUCAAAGAGCAGAAUCCAGGUCACAAACCAGAACCCAUCUUGUCUUUGGCUCUCCCUGAACUCUGUGGGAAACUGAGGGAUGGAUCACUCUCACCUGAGAAUGUCCUCUAUGCCUACAUGGACCAGGCCUUGAAAGCGAAUAGAGACGUCAACUGUGUGACUGAUUAUCUGGAAGAUUGUGAGUCUCAGCUUCUGCACCUGAAAAGUCAGGGGAAGAAGGGUUUGCUCUAUGGCGUUCCCAUCAGCAUCAAGGACUCCAUUAACUGCAAGGGCCAUGACUCCACAUUGGGCCUGGUGAAGCAUCUCAACCUGCCUGCAGCAACAGAUGCGGUUGUCAUUCAGGUGUUGAAACACCAAGGAGCAAUUCCAUUUGUAAAAACCAAUGUUCCUCAGUCUUUAUUGAGCUAUGACUGCAGCAACCUGAUCUUUGGUCAGACACUCCAUCCUCUGGAUCACUCCAAAACUCCGGGUGGUUCUUCAGGAGGCGAAGGUGCUCUUAUUAAAAGCGGAGGAUCCAUCCUGGGCAUUGGUACAGAUGUAGCAGGCAGCAUUCGUAUCCCGGCUGCUUUCUGUGGAAUUUGUGGAUUCAAAACCACAGGUGGCCGAAUUAGCAAAAAAGGAGUUAUACCAAGCAUUCGUGGGCAGAAAUCAGUGGCUGCAGGCGUAGGGCCAAUGGCGAAAGACGUUGACAGCUUAGCUCUCUGCUUAAGAGCUCUCUUGUGCAAUGAAAUGUUCCGGCUGGAUCCCACAGUGCCUCCCCUCCCCUUCAAUGAGCAGGUAUACUCCAGUUCUCAGCCCCUCCGGAUAGGUUACUAUGUCACAGAUUCCUUCACUAUGGCAAGCCCUUCCAUGAGACGGGCUGUACUAGAAACCAAGCAACUUCUGGAAAAGGCUGGGCACACACUGGUCCCCUUUAAGCCCUGCCGCACAGAUGACUUCAUGUGUAGCAUUUCUCCCAAGGGCUUGUUUGCUGAUGGCUGUGCCACUUUUUUAAAAGGCUUCAAAGGGGAAUCUGCGGAUCCCAAAGCAAAGGAACUGGUGCUUCUAGCAAAGUUGCCUAAUUGGUUUCGAAGCCUUCUAUCCUGCAUUGUCAAGCCAAUAAGUCUUCGUAUGUCCAAAAUUCUGAGUUGCAUGAAUGAGAGGUCUGUUAAAGAGCUUUGGGAACUUCACACGGAAAUUGAGGAAUACUGCCAGGAAUUCAUUGGUGAAUGGAGGAGGCUAGAUCUAGAUGUGGUGCUUUGUCCUGUCCUGGGUCCUGCUUUUAAGAUUGGGUUGCCUGGGAGAUUGUCAGUAGGAGCCAGUUACACCAUCUUGUAUAACUAUUUGGACUUCCCCGCCGGGGUGGUGCCUGUCACGUCAGUGACAGAGGAGGAUGAGGAGGAGCUGAAGAGUUUCAGAGGGCACUUUAACGAUAUGUGGGACAAGAUCUUUGUGAAGGCAGUGCAAGGGGCAGUGGGACUCCCUGUGGCCGUCCAGUGUGUAGCUUUGCCAUGGCAAGAUGAACUGUGCCUCCGGUUCAUGAAGGAAGUGGAGAAACUGACCCGGGAGAAAUCAAACAAGAAUUGAAUGACAUAUUGCAGAAACUGAUAUGAUGGGAAGCUGUGGCCUGCACAUGGGAAGGCCCAUAAUAACCAUGGACUUGUCUGUACCUAUUUUGAUUAAAUAACUGAGGUG